AUGUGUCGUGCACAAGGAGAUAUUGAAGCUAUUCUUCAAGAAUUUCGUGAUGAUUUUGAUGUAGAUGAUGAGACAAGUAUUCAAUUCGAUAAGAAACGUAGGCAAUUCGUGAAAGAAUAUGACGAUGAUUUAUUUGAUAUUGAAGAAUGCCGACAAAUAGAUCAAACUUUAGUUGGUGUAACAGUUGGCGAUGAAGAAGAACAACAAUAUUUAUCUGGGAAAUUAAGUCAUCUAGCGGCCUUGCCUAAAGAAUAUGAAAGUACUGCUCAAUGGAAUCCGACAAACCGAACCAAAACAGAAAACGUUACCUCCACUCAAACGAUACCUGAAUAUUUAUCAUAUGAAAGUAAAGAUUUCGAUCAGAUGAUUCUCGGUCUCCGUCUACAAACUGGCACUUCGAUUUAUACGGAAGACUUAAGAGCUAUUGCAUUUCUCAUUGAUCAACUGCAGCGUAUUGAAUUAGAAGAACGUCUCUAUACAACAUAUUUACGUUCUGGUCAGGGUACAUUAGUAGAAAAUAAAGAACCUACAAAUGAACAACAAUUACAACAACGAACAUAUAAUGGAUCAAAUCAACGACGACGACAAACAACAAUUGCAUCAUUUCGACGUCGACAACGACGAAUUCGUCAACAGGAAUAUUGUCAAAACGAAAAUAUUGUUCAAAAUAAUCGUUUUGCUUUAUUGGCUGAAAAUAAUAACAAUGAUGACAUUGAUAUAGUAUCAAAUGUCGAUGAUAGUGAACCAUUACCAUUUGUUAAUAAUAGCAAGAAAAAUCAAAACGACAAAAAGAACAAGAAGAAAAAUCGUACAUAUCUUGCAUAUAAUCGAAUAAUGACAUGGGUACAAAAUGAGACAUCAUCAUCAACAGAAAUUCUUGAAACUAGUGGUAAUCAAGCUUAUUUAAUGGCUUCAAUUCCUGUUUACGAUGAAUGGAUUCGAGCUAAUUAUGAUUUACAAGUAUGGCAAACCUAUUUAAAAAUGGGUACCGAAAAUAAACAUUGGGCGAAAGAAAUCAUUCUACGAACAAAAAGACGUGAUGAUAUUGUCAACAGUCAAUUUAUUAAAAAGAAAAUUAAUCAAUUAUCAACUGUAGUUGCUCAAGCUAAUGCAACCAUUUCUGAUCUUAAAGUUCAAUUACGUACUUACUGGUCACAAGUCCCAGGGUAUCGAAAAGGAAAACCUACAGCCGAUAAUGUAGCUCAAACUACUACAACAACAAAUACAACGACUCCUACAGAAAUAACAGCAACAGCAACAACACCGAAACCAAUUGCUGUUCCGUUAACUGUAGAUAAAAUUCGUAGUAAAACUGAAGAAAUUGAAAAAUUAAUAUUAAAAUAUUUACAACAUUGUACUCAACAUGUCAAGAAAAUAAAUGAAACUCGUAUUCAGUUAGCCAAAGCUCAAAUGGAUGAAUUCAAAGCCUUAGAAGAAUUUGAACAAAUCGCUACUCCAUCUCAAUGGAAUAUUCAUUUAACAUUAAAACCUAAAAUGAAACUUUGGUCAACUAAAAAUAAAAAUUAUCUUACAGCAGUGAAACGUGUUGAAUAUGAUAUGCCUCCAAAAUUUAUCAGUAAAACUGACCUCUCUUUCAAAAUUGACGAAUUAAUCAUUAGUCAAGAUGAGGCUCAAGUCAUAUAUAAUCAAAUGCGUCAAAUUACUCGAGAUUUUCGUACACAAGCAAUGACAUUAUAUGUUCAAUCAUUAGCUCGGGAACAUGAAUUAUUACUAAAUGAAAUUAAACGUAUUAUUGAAGGCUUUCCUCAAGAUAAUGAUGAAGGCUUUAAUGCUGAACCUGGCUAUGCCGCAUUCAAACAGUAUCACGAAUUACCCAUAAUCAAUGAAGCACAAAUACGAUUAACCGAGGAGGAACAUCAAUUGCUAAAAUUAGGUCCUCGGUUUAUUUAUAAUGAUCCAAAAACGGCAUCUCGACGACGUACUACUGAGUUGGCUACUCUCCAGCGAAAAAUUGAAACUCGUUUCUUCGAAAAGAAAGUUAGCUCCGGUCGUCCAGUCGAAGAAUUUAUUGCUGAAUUAGAUACAUUGCUUCAAAAUUUACACGAUACACCUGCUAUUAGUCAACAUCGAAAUACUUCAAUAAUUCAAAAUCAAUCAAUUGUGAAUCAUCCAAUCAUUAAGAAAAAGAAAAAUUAUGGACGUUUAGUAAAACGAUUAAAACAUAAAUUCAGAUUGGCUAAUGCUAUAUUAAGAAAAUCAGACAAAUCAAAAGUGUUCCAUAUAGGUAGAUCUGAAGAUUAUCGUAAAAAAUCUGAAGAAUAUAUGGAUAAAACACAAGCAUAUCAAUGUCUUAGUACAAAUGAUCCAUUACCUGAUUUAAUUCAACGUACAAAUAAAUAUUUAUUAGAUUUAAGAUUAGCUAAAUGGAUUACCCAGAAACAAUAUGAAAACUUAUGUAUUAAUCCAAAUGAUGUUGAGCUUGCUCAUUUAUAUUAUCUAUCAAAAGCUCACAAGCCGGGUACUCCUCUUCGACCAAUAGUUUCUGGUCUUAAACAUCCUACAAUUAAAAUAUCAAAAUUUCUUGAUAAUUUACUACGACCUUUAUUUGAUAAAAUGGCUUUUGAAACAACUGUUACUUCUGGUUUUGAAUUAGUCAAACAGUUGCAAAAAUGGUCUAGAAUUAAUAUGCACCAAGAAACCUUAUUUUGUACAAUAGAUGUUACAGACCUUUAUACUAUGGUACCACAAACUGAAGGGGUAUUAUCAUUAAAGAAAAUGUUAGAUCACUUAAAAUUAAAACAAGUUGGUGGUCUAAAAGUUGAAACAAUCAUUAGAUUAAGUCGAUUUGUUAUGCAAAAUAAUUAUUUUUCUUAUGAUGGCCAAUAUUAUCAUCAAAUUCGCGAAGGAGCAAUGGGUUCUCCUCUUACAUUAACUAUCGCCAACUGUUAUAUGUUCUUUUAUGAACGACAAAUAGUGAAACAAAUCAGUAACAGUGGUGGUUUAUAUUUCCGAUAUAUUGAUGAUAUAUUCAUAACAAUUAAUUGGCCAGCUCAACAUUUAUUUAAACAAAUCGACAGAUGGAAUCAUUUUGACGAAAAUAUCAAAUUAUCAGAAAAUAUAGGUCCAACAGCUGAUUUUCUUGAUUUGCAUAUAGAAAAUCAAGAUGGUCAACUAUUUACUUCUGUUUAUCAAAAACCAUCUUAUGAACCAUAUUAUUUACCAUUUAAUAGUAUUCAUCCGUUGCAUAUGAAGAAGAAUAUAAUCUUCACUAUGUUACUUCGUACUAUUAGGUAUUGUUCAACUUUUCAGGCCUAUUUGGAUGAACGUGAGAAAUUACGAAUAGCACUACUGUUAAAUAAAUAUCCAAAUAAAUUUGUUGAUGAACAAUUUAAAAAUGUGCUAUUAAAACUCAGUGUUGAUAAACCACUAACCUUUAAUAAUUAUGCUAAAUAUCGUCAAAAUGUUAUUGAUUCUCCAGUAAAAGAAAAAGUGUCAUUGGAUUAUGGUAAGACAAUGUUCGUUCACUUUACUUAUUGUUCGAGUAUGAGAACAUUCCCAAUAAAAUUCCAUGCUCUCUGGAACAAAUAUUUUGGUGAAUCUCCAAUUAAUGAAGUCUUACCUGUUCUAGGUACACGUAAUGUUAAAAAUUUACAACGACAUCUAACUAAUACCAGAUAA